AUGGCAGGAAAGCAAAAGCAGGCCGCUGAAGCUCUUUCGACCAUUGAAGGUGCCAAGAAGCAAGCGGCUAUCCGCGCCGUCGAGGAGCAUUUUGACCCCGCUUCCCACAAGAUCGUUGGUAUAGGCUCCGGCACCACAAUCAUCUAUGUCGUCGAGGCAAUUAAGGAGCGCGGCGGGAGUGAACACAUCCGCUUUGUGCCCACUGGUUUCCAGUCACGGCAGGCCAUCGUCAAAGCUGGCCUGACUCCCAUGCCUUUUGACUCGCUCGCUGAGGGCCAGCUGCUAGAUGUGUGCUUUGAUGGCGCAGACGAGGUCGACGACGAGCUCAACUGUAUCAAGGGUGGCGGCGCAUGCCUCUUUCAAGAGAAGCUCGUCGCAACAAAGUCCAAAAAAUUCGUUUGCGUUGCAGACUACCGCAAGCUUCAGCCCCGCCUUUUAACCAACUGGCCUUCAAUCCCCGUCGAGAUUGCCCCUAUUGCGAUGACCUCUGUGCUGCACGCGCUCAAGCGUUUGGGCUCAAUCGACCCCAUUGUGCGUGAGGGCCAUAUCGCCAAGGCUGGCCCGCUCAAGACGGACCAGGACUUCUUCAUCAUCGAUGCCCCGUUCAAGCCGCUUCUUACUGAAGCCGAUGUUGCCGCUGGCAAGCAAGGCAACGGCAAAGACGGCAUCUGGGAAGUGAGCGCUCUUGCCCACAGAAUCAAGCUCAUCCAGGGUGUUUUGGAUGUUGGACUUUUUGAAGGAGCCAACGGCUUUGAAGUUGCCGCUCGCGGCGAACAUGCUGGCGGCCAGAAACCCGUUGCUGCUUACUUUGGCAUGGAGAACGGCGAGGUCCUUAAGCGCACUGCCAAGUCCUCCAAGUUAGGCGACAAGCCUGCUCCACCUCAGUAG